AGCCUCCAUGAGAAUCGGAACGCUUCUGCUUCAAACCUGUCACAGCUUCUGUGGGCGGAAGAAGAUGAAAAUAACUACCACAGUUUUCUUGCGUCAAUAACCAGCAAAUAAAAGUCAACCACUUAGAUAGAUAUCAGAUAGAUAUCUGGCUCUGGCAAAAAUUUUAGCAAGGACUACACGAGUUAUUGUGAAGAACUACUAUAACUUAGACAACGCUGGAAGUAGGAGAACUGCAAGGCUCCAUUAUCAGGAAAGAUGCAACAGCGGUACUCCGCCACGCCGGGCGUGAUGAUGCCGCAAAUAGGCGCCGCGGUUCCCCGGCAGCACCAGAAGCAGCAGAGGGCACUGGUAAUUAUAUGGAGACGGCUGAUAAUGUUGAGUUGUCCUGACUGGGGCUGUUGCACUUGUAUCAGAACAUUUUGUACAUUUUCAUGGUCCACUACUUCUUGCCGGUGCGCGGUGCCAGCACAGCCACUCCCAUGCAAGACCGUAAAGAAAGAAUUUUGUCAUGCGAAAAAUUAAUACGUUGUCGAUGCAGCUGGUGCUGGAUCAUAUUCUUGAACGAAACACGACGAAUCGAAAUGAAUUUUCAGGUCGGUUUCCAGAACGUGUCAAAGUUCGUUCCACCAUCCUACGAGGGCGUGCAGCCGGACCAGCUCCCGUGCCCGGAUACGCCAUAUCCCACGAAAAACGCGUUUCGUUGUGACAAUUUAAUUUAGCGGAGGAGUUUGCAUGAAAAAUCACAAGACGAAAAGUAUUUGUCAAGUGCAGGUUUGUUUCCCGGAAGCUAGAAAUGAAUGCAAGAGUAGUACCGUGCAUCAUUGAUGCACGGAACUACUCUUGCAUGUGUACUGCAAUUAUACCAAUACGUGCUUGUGGUCUCCUGAUGUGUUCCAUUUCCAUUCUAUGCAUCACAAAUUCACAGAGAAGCUGCAGUUUGUUCCUCCCAUACGCCAAGUCCCAGAAGUAAUGGCUCGCCCGAAGAAGAGGGUAUCGUGAGAAAAAACUGUCUCAGUCUUAAUAAACCUUUGCAGACUCACCAAUAGAAAUGUGCUCAACAGCAUGACCCGGAAAAUUGUAACCUGUGAUGCGUUUACACCACAGCAAGAGAAAUAAACACAUACAUAGAUCUGAAAGAAUAGUUUCCUGGAUCUCCAGCAUGACAAAAAUCUGUCUCUAGGAAGUUUCGCAUUACAAGUUGAGACUCUGACACCGUUUUUUCUUGCGAUAGAGGACGCUGAGCAGUUACACGACAACUAUGAGCGUGCACAAUAUUACAUCUUCCCCCUCGUCUUCUUCAUUUAGAGAGCAAAAGUAGCAACAGAAGUGGUAGCAAAAAUGCAGUUUCUGCAUGACAAACUUACAGCAGGACAACUUCUGUAGUAAGUGCCUACCAUGUAGUGGGCUCCUGUCAUGCAUAAGAAUGACAAAAGAACACAUACACAGCUGGAGUUGCGAUUUUACGAUGAGAAAUAAGAAUAUUAAAAGGGGACGACAAGAACUAUCCAUGCACUCUCAUAGCAACCAGAACAACUACACAAAAGCGAGUGAGAAGCUGAUGGACCAGAAACCACCACAGCAUGCAUAUUCUGGAGGCAGCCGUAAAAGUUUUAUUUUGCAUUGCCUCAAUUUUGUUCUCUUUCCAGUAUCUUUUUGCAGGAAUGAUCAAUGACACGAGUAAAUUAUGCGAAGAUCAUUUAUCACGGCGGCAAGGACUGGACCUACGGCUACGUCAUGUUUAUGCACCAGAAGAAAUACUGGAGUCACUUUGCAACUUACACGACAAAAACAGGAGCGCACGGUAGCAGGCAAGGGAGAGAACCGGAGCAGGACCACUACAACCAGCACCCAAAAUAUGGAGGCGUCAGAAUCGAAAUUGACAAAGUCGAAAAAUUUGUGAUGCACAAAAUUGAUGCCAGUUGGGGCCUCAGUUUCUAAGUGGCGUAUGACAAAUUUCGGGAGUAAGUACCCACAUCCAGUUUGUCCUGCUGUUUGGGCAAAGAAGACUGCUCCUUUCGUGCUACUCUGGCAGCACAUUAUCUACCCCGAAGCCACAGGCUUGCAUUUGCCUUCUACCCACUACAGGCCUUGCGUGCCCUAAGUACAUUUUAUGCAUCAUAAAUUAUUCGAUUUUGUCGAUUUCGAUUCUGACACUUCCAUAUAAAAAUCAUAAAUGGACAGGAGGUUUUCCCGCCCGGAACGUUUGUCGAGUAUAGUGUGCGUGUCAUGUUGCAGUUGCACAUAGGAAAUAAUGCAUGACAGCUGCUUUCCCUUUGCUUCUAUCCGCAGCUUGCAUGCAUUCUGGCAUGACAAAUGAUUUUAUUUUUCACCUCCCACCAGGUACCGUUCGCGAACAAUGCAGAACCGGUGGAUCUUGGCAAAGGUCGAGUCAUUCGAUGACAAGAACCGGGUGUACAGACUAGACGUCCAGCCUAAAGCGCCCAUGGACCGGGUAAGGCUACGGGAAAACAAGGACGAGACAGGGGUAGUGCAGCAAAGGCACUCCGACCACGCGGCGGGUGGCAUAGUACCACAGCACGGCGGUAUAGAAGUAAAGCUCUUGCCGAAUGACGUGACCGUGAGGAACUUCUCUAUUGCGCAUGGCAGAUUUACUCAUGUUAGCUGUCUCUUCAUGUGAUGAACAUGAACUGCCAAUGAUUUAUGAUUAUCAGGUGACCAGCAGGCAGGCAACGUCCAGCCCGAGGUAAGUCCACUGCACGAGCCGCUAGACCUACGCAUUGCAAAUAUGUCUGGGUCUGGAAGCUUGUGAUGCUAGUUUGUGAAUUAUUUAUCGUGGGCGCACUGCAAUAAGCAGCCACGCGUGACUAGUCCCUGGGCUUCUUUUGUGUUUCGCUUUCCGCAUGACAAACUGCACAGUGCAGAUUCAAGAGUCAACAUAUGAGACAAGCAUGACAAACUUGCACAAAUUUCCAGACCCAGACAUGUUUGAAUUUGAUAAGACCCCGUGGGAGACGACAAUCGAGCAAUGUCGCACGACCAGGUUUAUCGUUUUUUGUCAUGCAUAGAAUUCAUCAUGCAGUUAGUAGCAGUGGGAUUUUUAUCAUGCACAGUUGCAACACAACAAAAAUCAAAAUAAAAUACGCAAGCUACACCAAUAAAUCACGACAGCUCCUGCAAAAGUGCCGGGACCUGGAGCUUACCAAUGCAAAGAUCAUGGAAGAGAAUCGGGAAUUGAAAUCACAGCUGGACUUACGAAAUUUUUGAAAACACAAUAGCACUAUGUGUAUUAAUCCUGCAUGACAAAACUACCCUGAUACCUGAUGCAGCAUGACAAGUUGGGACUUCUUUCGUUUUAUUCACCUUGCGGAAAUCAUUUGUGAUGCUGGAUCGUCGUGGUCAACAGUUUUACAGCGUUCGUGUCAUUGUGUUUUCCAACUGCCAUAUCACAAGGAGAAGUCCCGUAGUCGAGUAUCCUAAUUAAAAACGUACCCACACCAGAGUUGUGAUGCAGAUUUGCAAAGACAGGAAGACUUGUAAUGCGCAUCCCCAUGAGUAUGAGAGCCAUUUCCACUCGUGUUUUGGAAUUUGCGACUCUGUGAACAGGAUGAGCAGAUGAAUUUGAGAUCCGGCUGCACUUGCUAACCUGCACUACACUGCAUAGCGCAACUUGUCAUGCGUGACUCACAAAGCCCCUAGGUUUGUGUUGCAAAAUCCUCACCCUGACUCUGGUGUGGGUACGUUUUUGACUCAGGAUAUCGAGCUCUGGAAGCACAGCUUUCGGGGAGGUAG